UUGGUUCCUACUUCCGGUCGGGAUGCUGUGAAGUCUGGGUGUUAGUUGAUAUUUAGUACGCAGAUGUGAGCGAAUUUAUGUCAGUUCGUAUAUAUAAGUGACAGAGUCAAUGUAGAUCUGAAAGUAGUUUGGUGAGAAAUGUCUUCAGGCAAUGAUCAGAGUCCCAGAAAAACUACAGCGUGUGGAUCGGAGAUGGAAGCAAGCCAGACCCAAUCUACAAGUGACAGUUCACCUCAGGCCAGGCCUGGCAGUGAUCAAGAUGCAAAUAACUCCAAUGUAUCAAUGCUGAAUGAAAAACCUAGUACUGAGAAUACUGAUAAAACAGCAAAAUCUAAUUCUGAAGCAGCUAACCCUGGUGCAGAAGAAAGUUUGAAUUCACUUGAGGCAGAUCAAAAUGGCACACAAACGAGCAGUAAAGGACAAGCUGAGGUCACGCCCAUGGACCAAACUGGAUCUGAUCAAGCAGUCAGUAUGGACAUUGAAAUUGAUGCACAGCCAGAAAAUGUAGAGUUACCUCCCACUGAUAACAAACCAAAUGUGGAGUUACCUCCCCUUGAUGGGUCUGCUGCAGCUGAAACAUCAACUUCAAAAGAAAGUGAAACACCUGCAACAGAUGUAGCCUUGAGCAAUGUUGUAGAGUUGCCUCCCCCUGAUGAAUCGUCUGGUGGUGAACCUGGCACUUCUGCCUCCGGUGCUAAAGAUGACUUGUCAGGCCAAAGUGUUUAUUAUAUUAAAUGGAUUCACUACAAACAGAACAAAGUGCCAAUUAUAACACAAAAUGAAAAUGGACCCUGUCCUCUCUUGGCAAUAAUGAAUGUUUUAUUGUUGAAGGGCAAGGUCAAACUUGCUCCUAUGAUUGAGAUGAUCACGUCGGAACAGCUUAUGACGUAUUUAGGGGAGAGUAUCUUAGACAGCAUGCCAGAGAAUCUCUCCAAGUCUGUUCGAGCCAACUAUGAGCAGAAUAUGCAAGAUGCUAUGUCUGUGAUGUACAAACUCCAAACUGGCCUUGAUGUCAAUGUCAAAUUUUCUGGGGUAUCAGACUUCGAGUACACCCCUGAGUGUAUCAUCUUUGACCUGCUGGGCAUCCCCCUGUACCACGGCUGGCUGGUGGACCCCCAGGACCCAGUGUGUACCUCUGAGGUGGGCAUGUGCAGCUACAACCAGCUAGUGGAGAAGAUCAUCGCACAGAAGAGUUCCGACAGGGAGGAGACAGUCACUGAAGCACUGGUGGCGGAGCAGUUCCUGGACCGUACAGCCUCCCAGCUCACCUACUAUGGUCUGUGUGAGUUGAACACGUCCGUGAAGGAAGGGGAACUGUGUGUCUUCUUCCGAAACAACCACUUCAGCAACCUCUAUAGAGUCAAUAAUGAGCUUUUCCUGCUGGUGACGGACCAGGGCUUUCUCACCGAGAGCAACGUGGUCUGGGAGACACUCUCCAACGUGGAAGGGGACUGCCACUUCGUUGAUGCCAACUUCCGCACAUACACCAAACCAGAGCCCGUUGGCAACAUCGCCGCGGGCAGUGUACCUGUUGGCAGUGAUCAGCAGAUUGACCAAGACUACCAGGUGGCCCUGUCCCUGCAACAAGAGGCCGAGUUACGGGAGGAGCCCGAGCCGGUCUGGGGGCAGUACGUCCAGGAGAGCAGUGCCCUACAGAUGGCAGAUCAUGAACUUGCUCGCCGUCUUCAAGAAGAAGAAGAUAGACGCGCUGCAGCUGCAGUCAAUGCAAGUCAGCAAAGAGCAGCGCAGCAACAACAACAAGGUCAAGCUCAAGCUCAAGCUCAAGGAGGUCAAGGCCAUCCUCAAGUCGCAGCAGCAGCAGCAGCACAUUCCUCCAAUAGCCGUCAAGGUCGAGACAGACCUCGAGAAGAGAAAAAGGAGAAAGAUUGUACAAUAUUGUGACACAACUGGCCUGGUUGUGAAGAGAGAGCGACUGUGAUAAUCUCUACCAUUCGAAUCACUGCCGCAAUCUCAACAAAUGUAAACAGCUUUGCUGAGGACUUUUAUAAAGGGAGAUAACUGUAAAACAUGUUUGUAUACAGGGAGAUAACUCUAAAUGGUUCCUGCUCUCACAUAGUAGUGGGACAUAUUCUAUCAUAAGAUGUUAUGUAUUUUGAUGAAAAAUACUUGUCUACAAUACCAUUGAUGGUUAGCCCAUUAGCUCAUGAAUUACACCAAGGUGAAAAAUAUUCAUAAAUAAACAAUUUACAGUAUUUUAACAGAACAAAUUUCCAUUUGUGGUGUUUUCACAUUGUAAGUGAAAAACACCAUCUUGUCAGAUCAUUUGGCAUCAUUUAACCCAUGAUUACUGUUAAGGUUAGUGUUUUCCUGAUGGCCAUUCUGGGGUCCCUGCAUUAUUUACUGGUGCACACAGGCGACCUAACAAAACCUGUGUUGAGCCUCUAUGACAUGACCAAGUGGUGCACUUUAAACAACAGAGAGAGUGACUGUGGCAUAGGUAGCAACCGCAGCUAUGUCUACCACUGUUCUGCUGUCCAUCACUAAAUGACCAUGUGGGCUGGACAAUCUCUACCGUUGUCUUGGUUACCUGAGGUGGCCGUUUAGAAUCCCUGGACCAUGUUUGCAGGAAUCAAUGUUGUGAUUAUAUUGAGACUGACAUUAUGACACAAAUGUUGUUGAUUUUAUACUUAGGUUGUUGAUUGUUUGAAGUGCCAGUGUUUGAAGAUUUCAAACAAUAUUUUUCUGUUAUGUUACUGUAUAAAGAAAGAGCAAACAGUGGUUAUGAAAUACCAUAAAGUCAGUUCGAUAAGCUUAGAGCAUCUAUUUUACUUUGGUUAGAGUUAUGGAGGAUUAGAAAAGUUGGUUAAACUCUGGACAUUCAAGGAGGAAUCAAGUAUGGUAGCCUUAUGGUCCCUGAAAACAGGUUCUGGCAAGAUUGAAUGAAUCUCUAAGGACAAAUUGUUUGUUCUUCCGGAAUACUGUCUUGUAAUUUUAGCCAAGAGCUGAAAGGGGGAUGAAUAUGGGAUGCUGGAACUAUAAAGGGGGAAAUGAGUAUAGAAUCUGGGUGAUUGUUUUAUUAAAUAUUUGCUCUGGUUUCUGUGACAAGUGAGGGUUUGGAUUGGUACACCAUAAAAGACACCAAGAUGCCAAUUUUGCAAACACUGUAUUGGCUUAAAAUGUUUUUCUUUCUUUUUUUAAUAUUAAUUUAAAUAUUUUUUGUCUCUAUUUAAGUAUAAUCAGUUGUUAUGACAAUGUUUUCAGCCUUCCCCUGCAUGCCUUUUUCUUUCAAAAUAUUGUGUAAAACUUGUAACAGAGAAAUAUUUGUUUGACAUGUUUUGUGCUCAAUAAGAAAGCAAAUCUCUAACCCACUGACAGCUGAGAGGUACAAUUUCAAUCAUAUCCAUGCUGUUAGUACCAUUCACAAGGAUAUGGAUGUACUGUCUGUCCUGGUUAUAAUGCCACCAUUCGUCUGGGAAGAUUGAUGGCAUUAUAACCAGGGUGGCGUUAUAACGAGGGAAGACAAAUCUGUUGGUCAUAACCAUCUCCGACUUCAAUAUCUUAUAUACAUGUGAGAUAACUAUUAAAGGAAACAUACAUUCUUUACAUGACGUCAAGCAUUUAACUGGACCUUCUCAGAGGAAUGAUUUUGGUAACAAGAAUGCAGUAAAUGUCAAAUGUCUGUGUAUGUUCACAAAUGAGAUUUGAACACUUCCAAAAUAUACGUAAUCUUAUGAGACUUCUGUGCAGUUAGAGCACAUGCUUAGAUAAAAGUCAUAGUUCCUACUCAGACUAGGAUAUGUGUGAUAUCUAGUCACAAGACACCAGUGUAAGUCCCAUUGAUCAAAUAAGGCUUUGCAGUGGUUCACUAUCUGCAAAAAAAUGAAAA